CCCUCAGGGAGACGGGGAGGGAGAGGGGCAGACACGCACCCGGAGCUCCGCCCGCCCAGGGAGGCCGGAGUUCCAGGAAGAGCCCAGCAGGCAGGCAGGCGGUUUCCCUCGCUUGCUUGCGAGAGACUCCUCGCUCCCCACCUCGGAGGCUUGGCUCCUUCCUCAAGGCGGGGCGGCUUCCCGCGUCAGACCCCUUUCGGGGCGGGGAGGCGGCGAAGAAGAGGAGGAGGAGGAGAAGCGUAGAAAAGAGCUGUGCCGCGUUGUGAGACUGAGGCGGAGAGAGAGAGACGGAGCGCGGCGGCUUCUCCUCACGGGAACAAAGAGGCGCGAAAGCGAAGGCUGAGGGGGAAGGGGGGCGCAGGAAGAAGGAAGGAGGUCGGGCGAGCUCCUUUGCUUUCUCUCCCUCCUCUCUCUCCAACGGCCACUGCGGAGAUGAGAGAAGAGUGAAGAGGCAUGGAUAUAACAUGAGUUCCGUAACAUGUUCAGAAAGGAUAUGAAUUUUGCAAAAGCUUAUUCCUUGGUGAACUAGAUAAAAGAUGGAUGAGUCAGCCUUACUGGAUUUGUUGGAGUGUCCUGUCUGCUUAGAACGCCUUGAUGCUUCUGCAAAAGUAUUGCCUUGUCAACAUACAUUUUGUAAGCGGUGUCUGUUGGGCAUUGUGAGCUCCAGAAAUGAGCUUCGAUGUCCAGAAUGCAGGACGUUAGUAGACUGCAGUGUUGAUGAACUUCCCAGUAAUAUUUUGCUGGUUCGACUACUGGAUGGCAUCAAGCAGAGGCCCCGGAAACCUGGUGGUGUGGUGAGUUGCACAAAUUCAUUAAGGGUCCAGACUAGCACUGUUGCUAACUGCAUUCCAAAAGACCUGCAGAGUUCUCAAAGUAACCAGCAGCAGAGAGUACAAGCACGGAGUCCUCCUGUUAGGGGUGUACCUCAGUUACCUUGUGCCAAAGCAUUAUAUAACUAUGAGGGGAAAGAGCCUGGAGAUCUUAAAUUCAGCAAAGGAGACAUUAUCAUAUUACGUCGGCAAGUUGAUGAAAAUUGGUAUCAUGGAGAAGUUAAUGGUGUCCAUGGAUUUUUCCCGACCAAUUUUGUCCAGAUUAUUAAACCUUUACCUCAACCUCCACCUCAGUGCAAAGCACUUUAUGACUUUGAAGUUAAAGACAAGGAAGCAGACAAGGAUUGUUUACCCUUCUCAAAGGAUGACAUUCUGACUGUGAUUCGCCGAGUAGAUGAAAACUGGGCUGAAGGAAUGUUAGCUGACAAAAUAGGAAUAUUUCCUAUUUCAUAUGUUGAGUUUAACACAACAGCAAAGCAACUGAUAGAACUGGACAAGCCCUCGGGUUCAGCAGGAGACUCUGGGGAAGGCACAUCUGGUGCAUCCCACAGCAAUUCAGUUCAAAAGCACCCGGAUACCAAGAAGAACACCAAAAAACGCCACUCCUUUACCUCUCUUACCAUGUCCAACAAGGCUUCGCAGGCUUCUCAGAAUCGUCAUUCAAUGGAAAUCAGUCCUCCUGUCCUCAUCAGCUCUAGCAACCCUACUGCUGCAGCCCGCAUCAGUGAACUUACAGGCCUUUCCUGCAGUGCACCUUCUCAGGUUCAUAUUAGUACUACGGGGCUAAUUGUGACCCCACCACCCAGUAGCCCAGUGACAACAGGGCCUUCAUUUACCUUUCCACCUGAAGCAACCUACCAAGCUGCUCUUGGUACACUGAAUCCCCCUCUACCACCACCACCUCUCUUAUCUGCUACAAUAAUUGCUCCAACCUCUGCUGGGCUGCCUUCAGGAGCGGCUCAAAAAUCUGUAGCGGGAUCAACUGAUCAAAUAGCGCAUUUGCGCACACAGACAAGACCAAGUGUGUAUAUCGCUAUUUAUCCAUAUACUCCUAGAAAAGAUGAUGAACUGGAACUGAGGAAAGGAGAGAUGUUCUUGGUGUUUGAACGUUGUCAGGAUGGCUGGUUCAAAGGAACAUCCAUGCAUACAAGCAAAAUUGGUGUGUUCCCUGGCAAUUACGUGGCACCAGUUACAAGGGCAGUGACAAGUGCCUCCCAAGCAAAACUCCCUGUAUCUACUGCUGGUCAGACAGGGAGGGUGGUGACUAUGGUCAAUACUUCCACUGCUGGAGGAACAUUGCAAAAACUUCAGGGAAAUGGUGUGACAAUGAACGCCAGUGCAGUACCAACAGCUGUGGUCUCUGCUGCACAUAUACAAACUAGUCCACAGACCAAGGUUCUUAUGCACAUGACUGGCCAAAUGACAGUCAACCAGGCUCGCAAUGCAGUUAGAACAGUUGCAAUACACAGCCAAGAAAGACCCACAGCCACCGUGACGCCCAUUCAGGCUCAAAGUUCAGCAUGCCUUAUUCCUGCUGCUGUAAUUAUUCCACACCAUUCUGUUGCCUCCCAACAGCUUCAACCUCAGCUUUCUAAUGCUGCUGCUUACAUCACUGCUGUGAAUAUCAACCGGACAAAUCUCCCAUUAGCUUGUACAACAGCAUCUCCUGGCACUUCUGCAUCUCUGGAUGGAGAUGCAAAUGGGAGAACUGUGACUGCUCACCCUGGAGCUCCAGCUUCCCCAGAGAAUACAUUAGUAGCUGGAGGAAUUACUACUGUCAGUAAAUCAGAUAGAGAUGGCAAGAAAGAAAAAAAGGGUUUGCUAAAGUUGCUUUCAGGAGCAUCCACCAAGCGCAAACCUCGAGCAUCACCACCAUCAUCACCAACUCUGGAAGUUGAGCAGGCAGCUGCAGAGCUGGCCCUACAAGGUGCUGUAGGACCAGAAGUUCCAUUGGCUUCUAGUCAUGGAAGAGCUGAGUCCUGCUCUUCAGACAAUGAAACAUCUACAUCAAUGCAAGAUGUUACUCAUCGGAAAGCAAGUUCUUUGGAUUCCAGUAUUCCUAUAGCUCCCCCUCCACGGCAGCCCUGCUCUUCAUUAGCUCCAAUCCUAAAUGAAUGUAGGCCUGUUGUGUGUGAACGAUAUAGAGUUGUGGUAUCGUAUCCUCCUCAGAGUGAAGCUGAGCUUGAACUUAAAGAAGGAGAUGUUGUUUUUGUACACAAAAAACGUGAAGAUGGUUGGUUCAAAGGCACAUUGCAGCGAAAUGGAAAAACUGGCCUUUUCCCUGGCAGCUUUGUGGAGAGUAUUUGAGAUUUGUUUCAAAUAUUUCAAAUCGCACAGCACUAUAAAAUAGCACAAAUAUUUUACAAGAGAUAGUGCAGCCAUUGAAGACUUUUCAAAUGUCUGUAAUAUAAACAAAUUUAUAUUUAUGUUUUCCAGUAUCCCACAGCACAAUUUUGCCAUAAAAAUAUGAUGAGAGACUUGUUGGGUGUUUUUUAUUAUUAUUAUUUUGAUUUUUUAAGUGUAAUGUGUGCCUUGUAAUGUCUGAUCUCACACUACACAGGAAGAUUUCUUCCAAAUAUGUAAUACAAAAGAGCAAUUGUUUACAAGGCUGUAACUAAUUUAUUCUUGAUUUUCUAAACUUGAAUUCUGUUUAAUAGCUUAAUCUUUGUGAUUAUGAUUAACAACUUAUUAAUUUAUGAAAUGAGAAAAGGAGAAGCUGGAUUAUCUCCUUAGAUAGAAAGGCAUAAUUUCUGACAGAUUGCUUUCUCCCACUGUGCGUGACAGUAAAGUGAGUUUGUUUUAUGGGGUAAUGUUGGCUGUAAUGAUGGUGAUGUGGUGUCAAAUUGAACCUGCAAACUGGGAUAAAAUGGUACUGUGAGCUUAUUUUGGGUGAGAAACUAUCUGUCAAUGGACAAGUCUAAAUUCUCCAGACAGUGUAAUAUUUCUGAAAUGCAAAGCUGUAACUGUACAACGGAGUUAACAUUCUCAGAGUGAGAAUAAAAAAUGAUGAAAAUGCCAGGAAAUGGGAAAUCAACUUCCUCUAGCUUCUGCUUAUUCAAGAGUUUGGGACAUCUGUCAAGAUUCUGCUUUGUGGAUCUGGCUAGUUCUUUGGCACUCACAGAAUAUAAAUGAGAUUAAAACAUGUUAACUGCAGAACAAUUUGAAAAAUGAGAAAUAGUAAUUAGCUGCAAGAGCUGGUAGAAUUCAAAAUUUAAAUUCAAGUUGCAUUCACUGUCUAAAUAUGCCAAGAAAUGUCAUUUACAUCUUUUACCUUUUCAAAGUGAUUUGCAUGGCUGAGAGACAAUUUUACAAUGUUUGAGCAAUAGUGGUGGUAAGUGAUACACUUGUGUUUUUAAAGUAAAGGCUGUAAGAACACUGUGAAAAUUUUGCUAAUUUUGUAACUAUUGCUACUUUCAUAUGUCUUAACUACUCAUUGUCUUGCAUGUAUUACCAAAUUAUCACAGGCAUAUAAAACAUUGCAUGAUUUAUAGAUUGCAUUCCAGUCUUCUGUUGUGGGUUUUUUUGAAGUGCCCACUUGGAGAUGUUAAAUCAACCAGCUGUCUGCAUCACGGAAGCCACUGACCAAGACUAGUGAGUGAGUGAGUCCUAGUUAUGUAAAGAGUACUCUAGAGUCCAAAUAUUCACAUCAUUCCAACCAUUAAUAUUUAGAAGUGUAAGAGAUUUGGGGAGUUCUGUGACACAUUUCAGCAAGAACAUACUCCCUCUCAGUUUCCCCCCUUGCUGCCUUUUCACUCUUAUUCAUCAAACUUUAGAAAUUAACUUUUUUUAUAACCAUGGGGGUGGGAUAGAAAUGGGGUGCACAUUCCCAUCUCAAUUUUUUUCUAGCCACCACAAUGAAGCAUGGGGACAGGAAAAAAAAUACUUCAAAGUCGCAGGGGAGAUAAUUAGAAAAUUGUGUUCUAGCUUUAUUUGUGAUUCUUGUUAUAUAUUCGCUUUCAGAUAAAAUAUAAAGUUAUUGGGGCUGCUUCUUUUUUUAAUGGCCACCUUUUCAAGGGAGUGAGAGUGGUCUAAAUAUACUCAGCCCAACAACUAGUUUUUCCAUGUCCAACUACUAAUCUUCCCUCUUCCUCUCCAUUCUAACUAAAGUGACUGGGGAAGUGGGUGACAGAUUAGAGAUGACCUUUUUGUCACUUGCACUGUCUUCUAGUUCCCUUAAAACUGUUUCUUGGCUUCUGAAACAGCUUCCCAGCUGGGAAAACUGGAGAGAUUUGUCACCCUCAGGUACUGUACAUUAGUCUUUGCCUCUGAUAUCUCUCAACAGUAGCAAGAAAUGUGGAAUUAAAGAGAGGCAAGUUAGAACUGACAGACCAGAGCUUUGGUGCCUGGGAACUGUCAGUUGAUAACCCUAAAUGGAUCCUGUAUAAAAAAACUCUAUUUCCAUGGCUUUUAAAAGCCAUUUGGCACUGGUGAUCCAUUCUAUACAUACAGGGUUGUCUUUUAUACCAUUGCUUGACUGCAGGAAUCUCAUUAUGCCAUGCUCAGCUGAACCUAUUCCUACAUGAGAUUUAACUAACUCUUACCACCCUUUAUUCUGGUAGGGCUCCUGCUUCUUUAGCAAUAGGCAAAAUUUUAGUUAGUGCUGGAGAUACACUGUCUGCCCAUGAUGAAGCAGGCAGCUGGCACCUUUUCCCCUACUUUCAGAAUUGGUGGACUUAGAAAGUUCUUAUUCCUUUCCAGAACUGAACUUGCAGCACAAUAUAAUUAAGGGAGAUAUAUGCAAUAUAAAGGAGAAAAAUAUACUCUAGCUGGUGGUAGGCUAAUGAUUUUCUGAUAAAAAAAACAACUGAUUUUUUUACUUUACACAUGGGGAGGAAAUUAUUAGCUGAAGGAUUUUUUUGCAAUAUCAAGUAGUUUCAUGAUGAUCUUCAUAUAAAUUAUAUUGUUGGAACUGAAAUCAUUCCUAAAUUAACACCCAUACAAGACACUGUACAACUCAAUUCUUGUGGAAUUUAGAAAAGUUAGUUACUUGAAUAUUCAUGUGAUACACAAGCUAAUGAAAUGAACUUUAGUUCAGUUCAGCGUAACUUGACACUAAUGUGUCAAACCUUAUUUUCACAAAUUAGUGUAGUGUUUUAUAUAUUAAAAAGACUACUACAGAUAAUUUUUCUCUUCUCCAUAAGGUAGAAUAUCUGUGUGACACAGGUACCUCUAUUCAUAGGGUUUUAUUAUGUAAAGUCUAUCAAAAUAUAAAUUAAUAUGAUAGUGUUGUUAGAUAUAAUACAUUUUCUAAUGACUUUUUAAUAAAAGAAAUCACUUUUUGUUUUUAAGGGCUUGUUACACAACAGUACAACAAUGACAAAAAAUGCAGUUUUCUAUGCCUUGUGACCUUUAUAAAGUUGUGGGAGUUGGGUUAGGGUUUUUCCGCUUGUGUGUAAUCCAGUGUAUGAACAAAAAACCUUUACACUCAUUUUGUGUUUUUCCUUAAAAGAGAUUCUGUGAAAAAAUUUAGUGUCUAUAUUUAAAGUCCAGUGAAUGUUAUGUGUUUUUCUCUGUUAAAUUUCCAUUCCUAAUAAAUAUUUUCUUAGCAAACAUCUUAAACCCUGUGUGUGUGUUUGUGUGUGUAUUUGUGUGUGUGUGAAAGACUUGUAAUUACUUAAGGCUAAUAGUCAAAUAAUAUGUUUUGUUAAUCUGUAUUCAUUAAACCAAAUAAUAAAAGCUCCCCCCAAUCUAGUUAAGCUAUGUAAGAUGAAUUACAAGCAGAAAGAAGUCAUAAUAUGGCUAUAAGGUAAAUGGAGAUGACCUAGCUGAUGAGCUUCUCCAUCUCUGUCUGAUUCUAUUAAUAUCUGUAGGAGGUAGUUCCUGUGCCAAGCUGCUCAUGCUUUAUUAAAUCAGUCUAGGUCUGCUAUAUGCAUACCAUUAGGUACUUCAGAGCUGUUUGUGCACAGAAUAUUCCCUGUAGAGGUGGAGAAUCUGAUAACAGUUGGAUGGUAUUCUUCAAUUUCCAAUAGCCUAGAUGCUUGGGUGAUUUUUUAAAAUGAAAAUGACAUUAAAGAAACCCAAAGGAUGCUGUAAUAACUCGUUUUUAGAGAAAAUGUGAAGCGCAGGGAAUAUGUUGCCAGUAAGAUCAUUUUAAUGUGGUAAUAUAUGGGGGGGGGAGCAUAUAUGCACUUAAAGACUUGAAGAGCCAGAGAUGCAAGAAGGCAGGAGACUUUCAGUGGAGAAGAACAGGCUGCCAACAGGAGGCCGGGCACUUGUGCCCAUCAGCUGUGAUGCAGGAGUGGGUACUCAUGAUGCUUCCACCACAAAAUGUGACUUCUGACUGCAGAGGUUUUGCUAAUAGGUGGUAUUCAAAACACACACUUUUAAUAGUUGGCUGCCCCCCCCCCCAACGCCAAACCGUGUAAAAUUGACAUUUUUGUAAAUAAUGAUUUCAUCAUAUUGAAGAAAAAGUCUGCCUUGGAUACAAAGAUCAGUAAAAUGAAAUUUAUACCAAAUGAAUGGUUCUUUUUCCAGAGAAAUUGAAAUAAUCUCAAAAUUUGCACAGACGGAGAGAAAAAUUAAGCUCCAAAAAGCAACACAAAACAAUUUCCUUACUGUUAAACAAGAAAACUGCCUUAUUUUCUAUAAGUAUUAUUGCUCCAAUGUUUGGCAUGCUUGUAGAAGCUGAAUAUCUUUGCAGGGACUGUGAAGGAACGAAACAAGGAAAUGAGAAGGGGGAAAGCAAGACGACUGGGCGUAUAAGACGACCCCCAACGUUUCCCGUUAAAAUAUAGAGUUUGGGAUAUACUCAACGUAUAAGAAAUACGACCCAGCAUAUAAGAUGACACCUGGCUUUUGAGAAGAUUUUCCUGGGUUAAAAAGUAGUCUCAUACACAGGAAUAUACAGUAAGUGAAAGAGGGACAAGGCAAAGAACUUCCACUUACUGAACACUGCCAAGUAGAUUGGUAUAGAUAUUGCAUGUUGUCAAAGAUGCAGUUCCAUUCUUGACUUGGCUGCCUGUCCGGUCAUAGGACUCCAUGAAAGUCAAGGCGUGUAACAAAUUUUAUUCUAACUCAAGAAUUUCCUCAAUAAGAAGGGAAAGUUAAUAAUGACAGAAGACAGAGGAGCAUUAAGAUACUGUAAAAUAAAUGGACAGAAGCAAUUUCUAUAAACGAUUUGUGGCUGAGGUCACAUAACACGUUUUCAACAUGAUAAUUGCAAUUAUUGAUUAUCUUAAUGCUUGAACUGCUGUCAAUAUUUACUGCAUGACUGGACAUCACAGAUCAUUGCCUCUUAAUCAUGCAAAUAGGCAAUUAGCCAACUAGGUGGAAGGUGAAAUUAUCACCAAGUGUUUCAGAAUUUUAUUAUGCAGCAAGCAUAUACACUAUAUAGAAAUGACACAAUUUCUGCCCAAAGCAAUUAUAGUUUGAGAGAACAAUAGAGGAGGAGAGGAUAAAGGAAUGAUUAUAAUGUAGCUGUAGAAAAUUUAACAUCUGGUAUCAGGCAAUAGAGAAAACAAAUGUAUGCUAACCCAGGAAUAACUUCAUAGAAUAUGUGGGGCUUGGGAAUAGAUUUAUGGCAACAUAAUGUAGUUGAAUUUAUGGAUAACUUUGCAUUUAAUGUGCUGAGUUUGCUUGGAGAAAAGCAGGGUUGGGUAACAUUUAGGAGGCAAUUCUACAAUGGUAAAGAAUAAUAAUGCAAGGAGGAGAUGCUGUUUUGUUGCAUAUGCCAUGUCAUGGCUAUACCUGCAGCUCUGUUGACAAUGGAAGUUUUUAAUUUUUGAUGUUUUACUGUGGUUUUAUAAUUUGUUGAAUGCCAUCCAGGGUGGCUGGGGCAACCCAAUCAGAUGGAAAGCAUAUGUUGUUGUAAAUGAGAUGUUUGUGUGGAAAGCACGUACCUGUGCAGGAUGCUAUGCAGCCUGACAUCACUUUUAAAGGGUUCUCAAUUUAUGUUCCCAGACCUCCAUGUGCAGUGUUCACUUACAAUGCACACAAAUGCCUAAUGAACGUUGAUGUCAUGAACUGGUAAGACACC